AUGGAGAGGAAAUCAGCCCGCCUCGACUCUACAGCCUUUCCCCACAUCUAUGAGCGCGUCAUUGCAAACUCGCCAUACGAGCUCCUGCUACGACUCCGGCUCGUAAACCGGGCCUCACUUAUGUUGGCCGACUCGGUUCUCUUCGAGCACGUCGCCUUCUCUCACAAAGAUGGGGCGGUCAACGACCCCAGGAUACCUUCCAAGAGCCUUCCCUCGCAGGUGUAUGCUCGAUCCCUCUCCGCGGCGUCGGCGUCGUCAUCACUGAGACGCUUACCCGUCCCCGCCUUCAUGAGCGGGACGUUCGGUAUUCUAACCGUUCCCCCGCACGGGGGUUGGGAGCACACACGCGUACUUGACUUUGAGACGGCGGUGCGUGUCCUCGGCCCUUACUUUGAGGAUCUAGUCGAGUUUCCAGUCUUGCACACCGUGCGGCGGCGCGCGUGGAUUGCCGACCUGAUGCCGACGCAUACCUUCCUCGACGUACUCCGCGUCCCCCCACCCGGGCAAUUCGACUCACGGAUCAACACUCUGGUUCGGGGAGUGAAAAGGCACGUGGUCCUUGUGCUGUAUGAUCCGUUGUGGGAGGGUCUCGCGGCGCCAUUCAAGGUCAACGUGCCGUUCUGGGACGUCGACACCCACGCCGUCUUCCUCUUCCGGCCAUGCCCACGGGACGAGCGGUUCCUAGCCCCUGCGCCGAAACAACUAAAGGAAGGGCGAACUGAGACCUUCCUGCGCUUCUUUUACUCCCUCGUUGCGGAUCGCUACCACGCAUCGUACACGCUAGUCGGACUCGAGAAUAUCCCUCCGUAUAUUCUCGCCGCGGAGCUCGACGUGAGCUCUGACGAUCUGCUCCUCGCCGCUGCUUACCAGAGCACGGGUCACCAUGAUCACUGGGCUCGCGUCGUGAAGGACCACACGAUUGAGGCGAUCCGCGCUCUUUCUACCGACGCUGGCGAAUUCCUCAGCGACGACGAGGAGUUCCUGGAACUCGAUGACGUCGUAGAGGUGCUCACGUGUGACGAGUAUCGUGCUCGUGAGGGCGAGGAUGUCUGGGUGCGCGAGUCGUUUGGCGACGUGCUCCCAGGUCUGCUCGGGAGCUGA